UGCGCGCCGACAUGGGGGAGAAGCUGGAGCUGAGGCUCAAGUCGCCCGUGGGGGCCGAGCCCGCCGUCUACCCAUGGCCGCUGCCGGUCUACGACAAACACCAUGAUGCUGCUCAUGAAAUCAUCGAGACCAUCAGAUGGGUCUGUGAAGAAAUCCCGGAUCUCAAGCUUGCUAUGGAGAAUUACGUUUUAAUUGACUACGAUACCAAAAGCUUUGAGAGUAUGCAGAGGCUCUGUGACAAGUACAACCGGGCCAUCGACAGCAUCCACCAGCUGUGGAAGGGCACCACACAGCCCAUGAAGCUGAACACACGGCCGUCCACGGGGCUCCUGCGGCACAUCCUGCAGCAGGUCUACAACCACUCAGUGACCGACCCUGAGAAGCUCAACAACUAUGAGCCCUUCUCCCCAGAGGUGUAUGGGGAGACCUCCUUCGACCUGGUCGCCCAGAUGAUCGAUGAGAUCAAGAUGACCGAAGAUGACCUGUUCGUGGACCUGGGCAGUGGGGUGGGCCAGGUCGUGCUGCAGGUUGCUGCGGCCACCAACUGCAAACAUCACUAUGGUGUAGAGAAAGCUGACAUCCCAGCCAAGUACGCGGAGACCAUGGACCGAGAGUUCAGGAAGUGGAUGAAAUGGUAUGGAAAAAAGCAUGCAGAAUACACACUGGAGAGGGGGGACUUCCUCUCGGAGGAGUGGAGAGAACGGAUUGCUAACACAAGUGUUGUAUUUGUGAAUAACUUUGCCUUUGGUCCUGAGGUGGAUCACCAGCUGAAGGAGCGGUUUGCAAACAUGAAGGAAGGUGGCAGAAUCGUGUCCUCGAAGCCCUUUGCGCCUCUGAACUUCAGAAUAAACAGUAGAAACUUGAGUGACAUCGGCACCAUCAUGCGCGUCGUGGAGCUGUCGCCGCUAAAAGGCUCGGUGUCGUGGACGGGGAAGCCAGUCUCCUACUACCUGCACACCAUCGACCGCACCAUACUUGAAAACUAUUUUUCUAGUCUAAAAAAUCCAAAACUCAGGGAGGAACAAGAGGCAGCUCGGCGCCGGCAGCAGCGGGAGAACAAGAGCAACACAACCACACCCACCAAGGUGCCCGAGAGCAAGGCAGCUGUGCCCGCGGACACCCCCGUGGACUCUGGUGCUGAGGAGGAGAAAGCUGGGACGGCCGCUGUCAAGAAGCCAUCUCCCUCCAAGGCCCGGAAGAAGAAGCUGAACAAGAAGGGCCGGAAGAUGGCAGGUCGGAAGCGCGGGCGCCCCAAGAAGAUGAGUGCCACCAACCCCGAGCGCAAGCCCAAGAAGACCCAGAGCGCACUGGACCUGCUGCACGCCCAGACUGUGUCACGAGCGGCCUCCCCCUUGCCGCAGGAUGCGCACAGGCCACCUCACAGCCCAUUCUACCAGCUACCUCCCAGUGUGCAGCGGCCUACCCCCGAGCAGCUGCUGCUGGCACCCACCCCGCCCGCCCUGCACAGGCUGCUAGAGUCCUUCAAGAUUCAGUACCUACAGUUCCUGGCAUACACGAAGACCCCUCAGUACAAGGCCAACCUGCAGCAGCUGCUGGACCAGGAGAAGGAGAAGAAUGCCCGGUUGCUAGGCGCAGCGCAGCAGCUGUUCGGCCACUGCCAAGCUCAGAAGGAGGAGAUCAAGAGGCUCUUCCAGCAGAAACUGGACGAGCUGGGAGUGAAGGCGCUGACCUACAACGACCUGAUCCAAGCGCAGAAGGAGAUCUCGGCUCACAACCAGCAAUUGAGGGAACAGACAGAGCAGCUGGAGAAGGGCAACCGGGAGCUGAGGAGCCAGAGCCUGAGACUGCUCAAGGCACGGUGUGAGGAGCUGAAGCUGGACUGGUCCACGCUGUCCUUGGAGAAUCUGCUGAAGGAGAAGCAGGCCCUGAAGAGCCAGAUCUCAGAGAAGCAGAGGCACUGCCUGGAGCUGCAGAUCAGCAUUGUGGAGCUGGAGAAGAGCCAACGGCAGCAAGAGUUGCUGCAGCUCAAGUCCUGCGUGCCGCCUGACGAGGCGCUGACCCUGCAGCUUCGUGGAAAGCCAGAGGCCGAGCCUGGCCGGCUGCACUUAGAGCUGGACUGCGCCCGCUUCUCCCUGCCACCCUUCAGCAGCUUGAGCCCCGAGCUCUCCAUGAAUGGCCACGCGGCCGGCUAUGAGCUCUGCAGCGCACUGGGUCGGCCCUCGCCCAAGCAGAACACCCCCCAGUACCUGGCCUCCCCGCUAGACCAGGAGGUCGUGCCCUGCACCCCCAGCCACAGUGGCCGGCCACGGCUGGAGAAGCUGUCUGGGCUGGCCCUGCCUGACUACACCAGGCUAUCCCCUGCCAAGCUGGUGCUGCGGCGCCAUCUGAGCCAGGACCACGGGGCCAGCGGCAAGGCAGCUGCCAGUGAGCUGCACCCACGAGCCGAGCAUGCCAAGGAGAACGGGCUCCCUUACCAGAGCCCUGGCAUCACCAAUGGCAUCAAGCUGAGCCCACAAGACCCCCGACCUUCAUCCCCCACGGCUUUACAGAUGGGAGAGAAGGGUCCUGAGAAGGGUGUGAAGGAGCGUGCCUACGCCAGCAGUGGGGAGGCCAUCACCAGCCUGCCCGUCAGCAUCCCGCUGAGCACCGUGCAGCCCAGCAAGCUGCCCGUCAGCAUCCCCCUGGCCAGCGUGGUGCUGCCCAGCCGCGCCGAGAAGGCGAGAAGCACACCCAGCCCUGGGCCGCCGGCCCGAGAGUCGUCAUCCACGCUGGAGAAGCAGGUGGCUGCUAACACCCAUGGUACCGGGGGCAACGCUUCCGGGAGCAAGAGCCUCGCCCUGGCUCCCACAGGCUUUGCAUACACCGGCUCGGUGGCCAUCAGUGGGGCCCUGGCGGGCAGCCCGGCACCCCUCGGCCCUGGAGCCGAGCCCCCAGCCCUGGACGAGUCCUCCAGCUCUGGAAGCCUCUUUGCCACCGUGGGGUCCCGCAGCUCCACCCCGCAGCACCCGCCCCUGCUGACGCAGCCACGUGCCUGCGGCUCGGCCUCGCCAGCCCCGCAGCUCUCUGCCAGCCCCCGGCUAGGCGCCCUGGGCCCGCUCCCUGACUCUGGCAAAGGGGACCUGCCCUGCGAGGCCAGCUUCUCAGACCCUGAGAGCGAAGCCAAGAGGAGGAUCGUCUUCACCAUCUCUGCAGGCGCCAGCAGCGCCAAGCAGUCACCUUCCAGCAAACAUAGCCCUCUGCCUUCGGGUGCCCGCGGGGACGGUGGCCAGGGCCAUGGGCCAGACAGCCGCAAGCGGGGCCGGAGGAAGCGGGCGUCAGCGGGGACCCCCAGCCUGAGCUCGAGUGUGUCCCCCAAGCGCCGGGCCUUGCCAUCUGUUGCUGGGCUUUUCACGCAGUCUUCAGGGUCCCCCCUGAACCUCAACUCCAUGGUCAGCAACAUCAACCAGCCCCUGGAGAUCACAGCCAUCUCGUCCCCUGAGAGCUCCCUAAAGAGCUCACCCGUCCCCUACCAGGACAACGACCAACCACCCGUGCUCAAGAAGGAGAAGCCCCUGAGCCAGACCAAUGGCGCCCACUACUCCCCGCUGACCUCGGACGAGGAGCCAGGCUCUGAGGAUGAGCCUGGCAGUGCCAGAAUUGAAAGAAAAAUUGCAACAAUCUCCUUAGAAAGCAAGUCUCCACCAAAAACCUUGGAAAAUGCAGGUGGCAGCCUAACGGGAAGGAAGGCACCGCUGGCCAGUGAGCCGGUCAACAGCAGCAAGUGGAAAUCUACCUUCUCGCCCAUCUCCGACCUGGGCCUGGCCAAGGCAGCCGACAGCCCGCUGCAGGCUGCUUCCGCUCUGAGCCACAACUCCCUGUUCGCUUUCCGGCCCAGCCUGGAGGAGCCCAGCGCGGCCGAUGCCAAGCUGGCCACCCACUCCAGGAAGAGCUUCCCGGGCACACUGCCGGGGGCGGGCGGGCUGAGCCCCAGUAGCCUUCCUGCCAGCGGCUUUGCCCUGGGCGGGGGCCUAGCAACUGACCUCAGUUUACACAGCUUCAGUGAUGGUGCUUCUCUCUCCCACAAGGCCCCCGAGGCAGCUGGCCUGGGUGCCCCCCUGAGCUUCCCCGGCCCACGGGGCAAGGAGGGUGGCGCCGCAGAGUCUGGCCCCUUUGCGAACAAGCGGCAGCUGGACGGACUGGGCCCGAAAGGCGAGGGGGGCCUUCCCACAUGCGGACCCCCAGACAAGGCCUCAGCAGUGCAUAGCAAGGCCGGCAAGGGUCGUGAGCGCGAGCCCGACGUCAAGAAUGGCCACAACCUGUUCAUGGCCGCCGUCGCCGCACCCCCUGCAGGCCUCCUCAGUGGCCCAGGUCUUGCCCCAGUGGCAUCCUCGGCAGGUGGCGCAGCCCCGUCCGUGCAGACCCACCGCCCCUUCCUGGGCACCUUUACCCCCGGGCCACAGUUCGCGCUGGGCCCCAUGUCGCUACAGGCCAACCUGGGCCCGUCUGUGCUGCAGUCCCUGUUCAGCUCCGUGCCCGCCGCUGGCCUGGUUCACGUCUCGACCGCCGCCACCAGACUGACCAACUCGCACGCCAUGGGCAGCUUCUCCUCUGGGGUGGCCGGCGGCGCAGUUGGAGGUGUCUUUAACCACGCGGUGCCUCCUGCCUCCGCCCAUCCGUUUGGAGCCAGUUUCGGCAGUGGGGCUGCAUGUCGCAGCACCACGCUGAGCUUAACCCCGCCGCAGGCGGUGGCCAGCAUCCCGGCCUCUUCCUUUCAGGCCCCGUCCUCUGCGGAGCCGAGGCCGCCCCCACCCCCUCCGCACCUGGGCCGGCCCCCUCCGGGGCAGCCCGCCCUCCAUUCACCCCCCCAUCCUAAUGCCACCUUGCCUUCUCCCCCUGUGCUGCUCCCAGCUAACUCUGAGCCCGUGCUUCUGCAGAACCUCGCAUCCCUCCCUGCUAACCAAGCUUUCUUACCCGCCUCCUCUGCUGCCUCUCUGCCGCCUGCUAACGCCUCUCUGUCCAUCAAGCUCGCCUCCCUCCCGCACAAGGUGUCCCGCCCUUCCUUGACGGUGCACCACCAGCCCUUGCCUGGGCUGGCCCUGGCCCAGGCCACACCCGCGAACCCACAGGCCAGCUCCACGGGGCCGCCCGCCGUGUGGGUUUCCCUUGGCAUGCCGCCUCCGUGUGCCGCGCGCCUUGCGGGGGUUAAGCCGCGAUAAAGACCUUGCUUAGCUAGCAGUUCGUAUUCUGUAAGGUAACUAGGAUUUCUACCUCAACCGCGAGACUAUGCAAGGGCGGGCUGGGCCGGCGGCGCGGGGCCCCCCACGGGACGGCGAGGACGGAUGGAGGCCAGAGAACAGGCUCUACUGUGAAUCAGCGCCGCGCAGACCUGCGGAGACGGCUCGCUGGGGCCCAGCUCCAGCCUGUACUGUCCAUAGUUUUAGAUAAAGUAUUUAUCGUUUUUUAAAAAGUAUAAACAACUUUGACUUAUUUUAUUCCACCGAAGCCGUAAAGGCAACCUAUUGAGAGAUGUAGAUACUAUAUGUGAAAGGAUCUAUGUAAAGACGUCCAUCCGCCCGAGGACUGGCCGCCGCGGGGACCGCCAGCCGCCCGGUGCUAUCUCGUCGCAGGCCGGCCUCCACGCUCUUGGUGCUGACUCUCGGGGUUGACCAAUGCCGACGCCAGGCCCUGUGCCCGCCCUGUUUAUCUAACGCUCUUCCUAUACCAAAGGCCCCAGCUCCGGGUGGAGGCCCGCCCCGCCUCGCACUGUGAACGGCCUCGCUCGGCUCCUGGGUCCACAUCACGCCUUUGGCAUAGGAAUGGUGGCCGCGCGGCCAGGCUGCAGCGGGGUGCCUCAAUGAGGGGACCCGUUUGAGUGGUGCUCGCGAGGAGGGUCUGGAACCCGCCGUGUGACAAGUGCAUUUACUUUUGUACGUCUCUGCUCGUCCGGUCCCGUGCCACGGCUGCCCAGGGAGGGUCAGCGCCAGUGGUAGCUGGGGACGCGGGUGGUUAGUCGUGGGUGCCUGGUGUGUCUACAGGGGAGUCACGCUGACGGGUGACAGUAUUUUAUAGAGAUGUGAUGAAAAUUUAUAAAUUUCAUAGACUUGAAUUCAUUUAUUUUUAGACUGUAUGAUGAAUACACAGUAAACUAAAGAGAAAAAGAACGAAAGAAAAGUGAGGGGAAACCUUGCUGUUUAUUCAAGUGCACAGAGGUGCUGGCCCAGGGCACAGCUGGCCCACCCACCCACCACCCCGCAGCUGGAGUGACACUCUCCCCCCGCACCCCCGCCCCCAGCAGCCACAGUAGUGCUGCGGGGGGAUGUGGUGGGGUGGCAGGGCAAGAGGGCUGGUCCCUGAGGCUCCGCGGUGGUGGGUGGGGCUCUCCGUCCUCUGCACAGCAUCUGUGACUGUGCUGGGUCCUUGGUGCAGCGGUGUUGUCUGUGUGCCUCCCUGGAAGGGCCAAUAUUGGCCAAAGGUGCUGGCAGGGGGCCCAGACCCCAAGGUGGGCAUUCAGAGCCCUGUCCUCAGGUGCUCACCGCCCCCACCACCAGGUGGCACCCCCCAAGGAGAGCAGGAGGUGGGCCUCCACAUAGGGAUCUAACCUGAGCCUUCCCCAGCCUGGCCACCACCACCCACCCCUGCAGAGUGGGGCCCUCUGCUGUCCCUGAGGAUCAGUAUGGUAGCCGAGCCCCAGCCCGCCUCCUCAUUCCUGGGGUGAGUCUGGAGCCAGCCUUUCUGGCAGGUGGAGGCCCCGCGAGAUACAGGCCACAGGGUCAGAGCAGGACAGUGUCCCACCUCUGGCCACCUCUGCACUGCUCAGAGCAGCAGUUGAAGCUGGAGAUGGAGCCCUCCUCCUGUGACCACCGGCCCUGCCCUGCCCCCUCCACCCCAGGUCGGUGCUCCUGGUGGGUGUGUGAUGGUGCUGUCCUGCCCCCUGCCCCCACCCCUCUUCAAGAGGCUCCCCACCCCCAACAGAAAGCUGCGGGGCUGCCUGAGGAGCCCCAUCUGAACAAAUGACACUGUACACAAACACUGCAUGGCCUGCAGGCCACCAUGCCUUGUCUGCCCUCCAAGCUACAGGGACAGACACGUGCACAGGGCCUGCCCCACAGCGGGGCCAGCUUGGCCUCUCCACACCCACCAUCCGGCCCCAGCCCCUUGCCUGGGCCUGGGUGCCGCUGCCACGGGAAGGAGGGGGCGCCAGGGUGCUGGGCGUGGGGAGGAGCCCCGCUGCUGCUGUUGACCCGGGCGCUCCACUCCACUCCAGGAAGUCCGAUGGCUACGGUCGCUUUGCUCAGGAAACCCUAACAAUGAAGACACCCUCUGGUCAGGGGACACAGCCCUCCAUUUAGCUACAAGUCAAAUCGUGAUCUAUUUAAGAUUCCCCCAUUAUUUAUCCUGCCCGUCCACUGUAGGACUGUUUGUUCUCACUCACACAUCCAUCCACGCUCGCUCUGUCACACCUUGGUUUGUAAUGCAGAUGGGCUUUGCUUUGUCGUUUCGGUAACCUGUGUUUCAGUUGGGGCGCUAACUCCCCUCGCUUCCCAAGGGAACCCCACUGCACUGCAUAUCCAUCUCUAGACGCUGUAAUAAAAUACCUGUUUUCACUUGAA